GUAGUUGAACGCAAACUUGGAAAGUCUUACUAAUUUCACUGCCAUACAACCAAAUAAUGGAGAAAGACUCCAAUGUAAGCAGUUCUGACGGUGUUCAACAAAGGGAGAGAGUAAAGACGAAGGACGCUUCGCAGUGUUUGGAAGGAGGCGAUGGGACAACAAGGAAUACGCUGGCAAUACAAGACACUAACCCAGAAGCUCCUGACGGGGGAUGGGGUUGGAUGGUGGUGUUGGGGGCAUUUAUCAACGGCCUAGUCUCGGCAGGAUUCACAUCACUGAUCAGUGUCUUAUACGUGGAGUGGAUUCAGUAUUUUGAUGUGAGUGCUGGCGAGUUGAGUUGGAUUGGCUUUCUGUUCCCCGGUACUGCUGGUUUUGUCAGUAUAGUGAUUGGAAAGAUUUGGACUGUGUUCGGAGUGCGGAGCACAGCGGUCGUAGGAUCCAUUCUCGCGUCGGCAGGUUGUCUAGGAGGUUCUUUCUCAACCCAUCCUUACCAUAUAGCAAUCAGUAUUGGAGUAGUAUCAGGGCUAGGAGUUGGUCUCUGCUUCAUCUCUGCCGUGAACAUGGUCGCGAUGUACUUCCACAAGCGAUUUGGUGUGGCCAAUGGCAUCAUGUUUAUUGGUACCAGCUUGAGUCAGAUUGGGGUACCUCCCCUCACCCGGUUCCUGGUGUCACAGUAUGGCUGGCGGGGCACCUUGCAAAUCAACAGCGCCAUCAUGUGCCACAGCGUUGCUGCCUCUUUCCUUCUGCGGCCGCUAAAGCCACCUCCAAAGAAAAAGAUGACGAUGAAGACAGCUUCAGGUGAGUGCGAAAACAAAGGUUUUGAGACCAGAGAAAUCAUCGAACUGGAUGUACUGCCACAUCUCUCGACGCCGUUAGGCACGCCUGUGAUUCAACGACGACGGAGGAUUAAUGUAGAUACUGAUUUAGGUGGAGUGCGGGAAAAAGGUAGUAUGCGAGGGAAGGGCACUGUGAUGAAAGCUGACAACCUUAAGGUGUUUGGGCAUCAGAGAACACCCUCUGAACUGGAGCAACGGUUAGAGCAAUCGAAACCUUCAUCUUCAGGGAAUGACAACUGCGAUCAUAAUAAAUAUUCCGUUCGUGUUGUUGCUAAUAUUCCAAAGAUCAGGGUGGAAGACUGGGAUAAAUCCAUUAAAGCGUCUGGUAAAAAUAGAAACAAGAAGGAUAUACCGACCGAUGCAACGAAGUAUCUAGAAGCAGGUAAUGAGGGUGAAAGAAAGGGCCAGUCGGGUCAUCUGUGCAAGACCCUUGCCGACAUGUUCGGCAUCACUCUCUUUAGAAACGAACCCCUUGCCAUCCUGCAGAACUUCUCCUCUAUGGUGGUAAUGAUCGCGACCUUCGUACCUGUAGCCCACGUCUUUGUGAUGGCGACGGAUCGAGGCAUGGCGAUCAGCAAUGCCGCUGCUCUUCUAUCAGUGCUUGGGGUUGGUGGUACGGUGGGACGCAUUAUCUCAGGCAUCACCGUAGACAAACAACUGAUAGGUCCCCACAGCUACAUGACCCUCAUGAAUGUACUGACCGCCAUCCCAGUGGCCAUCCUCCCGCUUGUCGCCUCCAACUUCCCCCAUGCCGCAGCCACUAUCUUCUUCACAGGCAUCGGCAUCGGAUCCACGAUCGUAAUCCGGAUUGUCCAAGCCAAGAAGGUUGUCUCGCCAGCCUUCAUGAGUGACAACGUGCGCUUUGCCGUCAUGAAUACAGGGUUUGGCAUGACGAUGGGUGCAGUUUUAUCAGGAUGGUUUGCUGACCUCACUGGUAGUUAUUCCUUUUCAUUUUACUGCGCGGCCGACAUCCUCCUGUUCGGAGCCGCCAUCAACCUAACCAUUUCUGUACUCUCUCGACGGCGGAGAAAGAAACAAAGUUCUCGAAAGGAACAUCCUAUUUAGCCUUCACAUUGCUUCAUUCCUUUGUAACGGAUUAGACUUAAUCAGUAACCGGACCAAAAUGUCAAUGCUCAGUGGAAUAUGGUACAAAAUGAUGCAUGCGCGUGAGUUCAUUAUACGAUCUAUCCGCACUCGAGUGAGGCUGUGUGUAUCUAUCGCACGACACCGUUAGGCCAAUGAACUGAUUAGAUUUUGAGGUCACGAGGUCAUAGGUCACAGGGCCAAUGAUUUAUGAAAAAAGGCUCAUGAUUACAUUAUCAUUAGAACCAAUGGACAGAUUACCCUCAAACUUGGGGCAUGUAUGUAUCUUGCUGAGCCAAUGAACUGAUUAGAUUUUAGGGUCAUGAGGUCAAAUGUCAUGGGGCUCAUUAUGUAUGCAAAAAAUAGCUUGUCAACGCAUUCUCAUUAGAACUGACGGAUGGAUUACUAUCAAACUUAGGACAUGUAUGUAUCUUGCAAAGCCAAUGAAUUGAUUAUAUUUUAGGGUCAUGAGGUCAAAGAUGAGGUCAUACAUUGUAUAUGAAAAAUAGCCUUUAAUCACGAUAUUCUGGGAUUGCUAUCAAACUUGAAUUUGAAAAAUUGCUCUGUUUUGGUUUGUAAAAUCGCUCAAUGGCGUAGGCAUCACUUCAUGGAAUUAUAGUUAAAAAUUGUUCCUUUUCAUUCGGAAUAGCAGUAAAGAGCUUGCCAACACACCCAAGGAGGGUGACACAAUUGUGUCAUUAUCAGUCAAAGAAGAGCAUUUCACUUUUAAUAAGGGUUUAAUCAAGCCUACCACCCAACUCGAGGGUACAAAACCAUUAUCUAACACUAUCUUUACAAUUAAGUUACUAUUUUCAGGAGAUUUUGAACCAUUCUUUAACAUUUAACAUUAUUCACUGAACUAUCAUAAAAUUAUCGUCUUGUUAUUUCAAAGACAUUUAACCCUAUUCUGACUAGGCUUUUCUUGAGCACGUUAUGAAGGGGGAGGUGUAGGGAGGGGGGGGGGGGUGUCAUUUUGGUAUUCAUUUUGUCUAUGAAGUCAUGUCAACAAGUGUGCAUAACAACUCUCAUUAACUUGUACACACAAAAUGGUAUUCUCAGUUUCUGGAUGACCUAUGACCUUUAUUUGUCAGUGAUCUGAACACGCUACGUUCGAUUCUUGUAAAUUAGGAACCAAAAGUUGCGCAAGAUUUCAACGAAUUAUAUUUAAAUAAAAGAACAUUUCGAUAAUUGCAGCGGUUCGGGAGUAGUUGUAAAAUUACCACUCCCUGUCAGAAUAGGGAUAAGUUGCAGUAUCACUUCAUAAUCUUCAAUUUGUCCUUUCAGUUUAUUGUUCAUGCCAAUGUUACUAUCAAAAUGAAAUCAUUCUGAUCCGUUUCAGGAGACAUUUCGUUGUUUCAAUCAUUGAAGUACUUCUAGAAAUCAUUCAUUGAAACGUGAGAAGAAACCUUUAAUCUUGUGUAAUUUACUGUUGAUAAUACAUGUGUUCCUCUAUCGUUGGGGAUUUCGCUUUUCAAACUCAUGAGAAAUAUUUUCUUCUCUUAGAACGCUCAAAAUUCUUGUAACUCUUGUCAGUUCCUUUCUUUUUAUCGUCCUAUUCUGAUUUCUUAUCACGACAUUUGUUCUUAAUUUGCAUUUUUUUUCUCAAUUCGUCACAAACUUUAUCACACCAAGGUUGAGAUUUGGAAAGCAUCUCUCCUCUUCUAAGAUGCAUUUUACAAUUUCUUGUGUAACAUUCCAGAUGUAGCAGCCUCGCCCCCCUCCCAGUCCGGGAACAGAUU